AUGUAUAAAACACUUAAACGUGAUGUCCUCAAGGCAUUGAAACUGUCACCUUAUCCUGCAAAGAUUAUACUGGAAUGUAUUGGCGAGUUUUAUACUCAAGAUAGCAACGCUUAUGUUGAGGGCUCACCAUUGAUCAAAGAAAGGAAAGCUAAAGUAUUGCUAUUAGAGUGCUUCUUGAUGAUGAUGGGAGAGGGAAGAGUAGUUGAGAUUGAGAAUGUUGUGAAGGAAAAGGCAGAACAAGCGGCUUUAGCAUGGUAUAGGAGGUUGAAUUUCGAAGGAGGUAUACUAAAGGCGCAGGAAAUUGAUGCUCGGGGUUUGCUGUUACUUAUAGGGUGUUUCGGGAUUCCACAAGCAUUUAGAAAUGAGGAUAUAAAGGAUUUGCUGCACCAAAGUUACAUCAAGAUGAUUUCUGUUUCCCUAAGUAGAUCAAGUGUUCUCAUGCCAAAGAUUCCUGAAAUAAUAGAGGAUAUGUUGAAGGAAAAUCUGGUAGUUGACACCGUUUAUUUUGGACUUGAGAACAGAUUUAACCCUCGGAGGCUUUUAACGUCGAUUUUACAUGAGUCUGAACUGUCAUUGUUGAACAAACUUACAAGAUCUGAACAAAUGAAAGGAUCAGGAGAUUCAGUUGUUCGUGAGGUUAUUGGAGUAAAAAGGAGGUACUGGUGUUUUGAAAGCUGUCAUUCAAAACUUCUUCCAGAGUGGGAAAUUGGUAGGAAAGUAAUGAGCUUGGAGAAAGAAAAUGCUCAAUUGAGGAAAAAGCUGAAAGGUAGUGGUCAAAAGAUAGCACAAAAGAGAAAAAUUGAUGAAACUGAGUGGUUGAGCAACAAAGAGGUGAAACGUUCACAUUUUCCAAAUCCAUGGCCGCCACAACAACAAAGAGUUGUUAAUCAUGUCGAUAGCAACAACACUUUGUUAGAAAGUGGUGGAACUGCUGGCCACAUUUAUGGUCAUUCUGUGUAA